AUGGUCCAGGAAAACAACGGCCUAGGACAGGCUUUUGAGAGGGUUUUGCUUCCAGUCUUGCUGCAAGACGACAAGGGUACCUUGAAGGUGCACUUCCAGAAGCAACUGAAGGAAUCCAAGGCACAGCAGCUCGAGGGCUUCUUCCCAUCUACCAAGUCAUCUUAUGGUGUCCUCACGCUCGAUACUGGCGAGGCAAGUCUGGAUGCAAUGAAGGCAACCAUUGAAUGGAUAGAGGCAGCCGUAAAUUGCACAAUCGAAGGUCAAGUUGAGCCGUACUGUUAUCCUGACAACAACUUUGGUCCCGAUGUACUUUACUUGAUGUGGAAUAAACUUUUCUCGGACUUUCGGAGCUGCCUGGUCCAAUCGAAGUAUGAGAAGUAUGACCAUCAAGCGGAUGCACUUCGAACCUUGGUUCCGGACUGGUUGUACUACAAGAAGCGCAACAAACCAGCAGAGCGACAACUCAACCUCCCUGACAGUUUGACCCAGAAAUGGAAUGCUGUGAAGGACAAGUUGGUUUCUAAUUCACGUCCAUGCCAUCGUCUUCUUGUCCAGUGUCCAGCGGAACUUAAGUGGGAGAAGGUGGCUGGGCAGGUUGCUCCUGAUGGAUAUAAGCCUUCGGACACAAAAGCGAAGCAGGAGAAACGUGAUUGGUUGGUGGCAAUCUCGAAGAAUGACUUGGAACUGUUUGAUGAUGAUACGGCUUCAAUUAUCAGGCUCAUGAAGAAACCAAAAAUCACCCACUGA